AUGACCGGACAAGAGAUUUCCCCGGGUUCGGUCAUCAGCCUGACCGAUGGGCGACAGGCCACGGUCCGCUUCCUCGGCACCACCCACUUCGCCGUUGGAGAUUGGAUUGGCGUUGAAUUGGACGAUGCUACUGGAAAGAACGAUGGCCAGGUACAAGGUGAACGGUACUUUCAUUGUGAGCCAGGAUAUGGCAUGUUCAUUCGCCCAACGGCAAUCGCCGCAGUGCUGGAACAGCCAACGCGGGAGAGUAAACAAGGCGCCAAACCCGUCCCCGCCGCUGCUGCCAGCAGACAAAGCGGAAUCACCCCUGGCGCAAGGAAACCUGGUGCGCUGCCUCCGACCGCUGUCAAGCGACAGAGCACCAAUGCGACUGGAACGCCUACACCUGCACCGAGAAUGGCCCCUCGAACUUCAAUCAGGUCUCCUACCAAGUCCCCGACGAAGCAGCUUUCUGCAGCCUCGAGCCGUUCAUCGCUAGGAGGUGCCGCCCGCACUUCCACCGUCGCCCCCACUGCCACCAGACCUCGCCCGGCUGCUCAUGCUUCCAGACCCUCUACCGGUGCAUCUACGACCCAGCCCACUGCCAGGGCUGGCCGACCCUCGACUAUUGGGGCAUCUACAAGGACUUCGCGAACAGGAUCUGCGGUGUCUAGCACAGCCGCCGGACUAUCCAAACGACCUUCCUUGCGGCGGGUUGCCCCAACAAAGGCCUCGGAUGGCGGAGAAACCGGGGCAAGCGGCCAGUCAGAAGAGCCAACCGAUGAUGCGGAAUCUUUUGACGCGGAAGGCGAAACUCCGCAAGAUGAAAGACGAACGCCUGCGCCCAAAGCCUCCAGACAAUCUUUGACUGCCAGACCCACGACAAUGCGUCCAAGUGCCGCCGGUACAUCAUCCCGGCCUGCCCAAAAUGCAGCGGUGACCAGGGAAUUAGAAGAACUUCAUACCAAGCUCCGUGUCAUGGAAAAGAAGCGUUCUGAAGAUCGGGAGAAGCUCAAGUCACUUGAGCAAGUGCAGACCGAGCGCGACAAGUUCGAGAAUAUUAUUCAAAAGCUACAAGCCAAGUAUUCACCGCAGCAAAUGGAGAUCACGGAGUUGCGUAAAAAGCUGAAGGAAACUGAGGCUCGUCUCGAAGAGGUUGAGCGAAUGCAAGCCGAGCAUGAGUCGCUUAUGGAGAUGGCAACUCUUGAUAGAGAGAUGGCGGAGGAAACGUCCGAGGCAUACAAGCAUGAGUGCGAAGCGCUUCGAUCUAAGAUGGAGGAGCUUAACUUGGAAGUGGAAGUUCUUCGCGAAGAGAACGAAGAGUUCAGCAACGAGACCAAUCCUGAAGAUCGAUCCAGCCAUGGGUGGUUGCAGAUGGAGAAGACCAACGAACGACUUCGCGAGGCGCUUAUCCGUCUGCGAGACAUGACACAACAGCAGGAGGGAGACCUGAAGGAUCAGAUCAAGGAAUUGGAGCAAGAUCUGGAAGAGUACUCUGCUGUCAAGUCUGACUAUGAAGCUGCGAAGGAGAGGCUUCUUGUUGCGGAGACGAAUGUCGACGAUCUCAAGCAACAGCUUGAGACUGCGCUGGGCGCCGAAGAAAUGAUCGAAGAGCUAGCCGACAAGAACAUGCGCUAUCAGGAGGAAAUCAAUGAACUCAAGGCUGCUAUCGAAGAUCUAGAAGCUUUGAGGGAGAUCAGUGACGAGUUGGAAUAUACCCACAUCGAGACUGAGAAGCAGCUUCAAGAAGAGCUUGAUUAUAAAGAAACUGUCUUCAAUGAGCAGGUCAAGAAGAACGAGCAGCAAGAGGAGGCCAUCGAGGAAUUGGGAUAUACACUGGGUCGCUUCAGAGAAUUGGUCACCAAUUUACAGACUGAUCUGGAAGAUAUGCGGUCAUCUCAACAGAUUUCAGAAGCCGAAGCUACAGACCUCACCACUCGUUCAAGAGCCAUGAUGAACCUGAAUAUGAAGCUCCAAGCUUCAGUGUCCAAGGCUCAGACUAAGUCAAUUGACGUGGAACUUAACCGGAUGGAGGCCGAGGAAGCGCGUGUCAGCUACAAGGCCACCAUCAUGAAUAACACCAUCCGCGAGAAAAUUUCCGACGAGUCCACUCUCGCGACCCCGGACGAGCUUUUCCAUUCCCAUGAAGUUCUUGAACAGCUGCUCUGGAUUGCGACCGUCUGUAAUCAGUUUGUCAAUCAUGUUAGUGCUUGCACUCCAGACGAGUUUAUAAACACCAAGGCUGCUCUUUUCGAAAUGGAACCCGUCGAGCGCACAUUGAACUUCUGGGUUGAGAACUGUAAGAAAAACGAGGUGAACAUGCAGAAAUUUGGCGUGGAACUACGCCGGUCCAUUGCUUUGCUUGCACACUUGGCAGAGACUAUUCUCCCAUCGACCCCAGAAAUGUUUGCCGACGAGAUGUGUAUGCGUGCGAGCCUUUCCCAGUCAUACCUUGAUCAUGCUGCCGGCGGUAUCGCAAAUAUCCGGGCCCUAGUUGCUUCAAAACUUGCAGCUCCAGAGGAAUCCUCUGAAGAAGGCAGUGGCAGUGAGGAGAACGCAUUCACCCUCAAACAACUUGAUAUAUUUGUUUCCCAGGCUCGUGGCUUGAAGGUGGCUACCGGGAAGAUUUCUCGGGCUCUUGAAGAACUGAGAUCACGAUCCAUGGCACCUUUAAGAGAGGAUGCCGAUGAGCCUUUCAAAAAUUAUGAAACCGCUACUCGCGAACUCUCCCAAUUGACUCGAAAACUUGCCCACAAUAUUGUGGUUCUUACUAGUGAUGAAAGUCGCACAGAACCAUUUGCUCUCCAAGAGAUUCUGGACAGCAUGGCUCUGUCAUUCGCAGGUAUUGUGGUGUCCGAGGAUGGCCCUCAGGAUCCCAAUGAUCCAAUUCUGCUACUUUUGAACAAAUUGCGUGACCUGGGUGGCCAGCUCGAUGGACUUGACUCAAUUUCUUCGAACCUCUCCCGUACAGUCGAAUUCGAAAGAGGCGCAUUCCCUUGGAUCGCUCGAGCGGAGGAAUUAAAGUCAAACAAAACCAUUUCACCAGAUGCGGAUGAGGAAAUUCGUCGCUUGAAGAAUGAGGUUCACGAGGUUUCCACAGCUCUGGGAGUCAAAGAUAACACCCUCGAAGAGCGAGGAAUCAAAAUCGAGCUCCUCGAGUCACGCAUGCGUGAGACAAGCAAGAAAGCCUCCAUGGUCAAGGAUCUGGAAACGAAGAUCGAAGAAUUCCAGUCAUCUGAAUCCGAGCUCCAAAAGCUUGUAGAGCGACAAGCAGUCGAACUCCAGGCUGUGGAAAAAGAACGCGAGGAAAUCAAAUCCCGUUACGAGAAACUGAAGCACAUGUCUGGCGCUGCCGGCGUGACCACCACCGGAGAUGGCAUCGUUAUUGACAACGAGGCCUCCCUCGCCGCGAUGCAGGAGAAUGAAUCCCUCCGCGCUGAGGUUGAAAGCCUACAAUCUGCCGUUCGUUUCCUCCGGGAGGAGAACCGUCGCUCAAGCCUUCUCGACCCUUACUCUGUACAGCGGUCGACAGAGUUGCAUGCCUGGCUGGACGCACCCUCACCCGGGCAAACCCCACCGUCGAGCAAGAAAAGAUUCAGCGCACAGCACUGGAAAGUCGCGAUGUCUUGA